AUGGGAGGUAUUAUGGAUGUAUUGACAGGUAUUACGGAGGUGCAUACCGAUGUUCAUGCAAGUAAUCUAUGCGUUAAAUUCGCUCACAAACCAGCAAAUUACACGGCUAACUUCUACUGCUCGAAAGGCGGGACCUUCUUUUGUGGCAAGUUUGCCGAAUGUGGAUAUGUCGACGAGAUAAUCUAUCGUAAUCUUCAACUUCCGCGUCCAAAUUGCACAUUCUCGAUUGUAAAUGCUUAUACAAUAUUCAAUACGAAGGUGUUCACAGGGCCUGUUUGCGUCAAGACCAUCUCAUUCGGUGUUGUUGUCAUAUCCACAUUUCAGAAUGAUGCUCAAGUUGAUCACGUUCGAAAGUUUUUGUUAGAAAUGGGUAUACUACGACCGGAUCUUAUAUACUAUUUAAAGUACAAGGCGAAAAUCUGUAGUGUGUGUCACAUAACGGGAAAUGUGAACGUGAAGUUGCCCGAUAGUGGUCAGUUACUCCGUUUUGAUCCACACAUUUACUACGCUGAUCUCAAAAUCGGUAAACACAUCACGUUGAAGGAGAUGUGCCAACAAAAAAUCAUUGGUAUCUGCAACUGCGGCGGGGCAUGCACAGAUGUGAUGUGGGGCGGAGAAGCGGUGAACGCCGAUAAAACACGGGCAACCGCUGGUACUUUGACAUCCGGACCGUCAUAUCCUGGCUUUUCACCGUUCCCACCUGGAAAGUUUCUUGUUAGCCCCAAAACUAGCUGUUCAAUUAGUAAGUAA